AUGGCAACGCUGGUUAGCGAAUCCCUCAUCUAUCCUAGCAAUGAAGAAGCGAAAUGCUACCUGUCUAUAGCCAGGCAACAGCUUCGGCUUGCUAUUGACAUUGCUACUGGAUACUGUCAGCUGAGGAAGCAUCUCCAAUAUGAGAAUAGCUUGAGCAGACGAGGUGAACAGGCCCUUGCUUUCCGAAUAGUAACAAAAGUAUCAAAAAUAUCCAGCGAAAGGUAA